AUGGACGCAAAACUCACCAUCGCCGACAAGAUGGGCCGUGGGCUCACCAACGGCAUCUACUUUGCAGCACUCUUCUCUACUUUCACGACGAACAACAGCCCUCCCUCCAAACCCGAAGCUGGGGCGGUUUCGACCAACGUCCCCUUACAGAGAAGUGCUACCGCCAAGAACGCACCGCCAUGA